AUGUCCAGCUUCCCCUCCCAGCACGCGGAGUCUUCCCUCCACGCCCUCCCCGAACACCUGCAGUCCGAUACCAACCUCACCGCGCACCUCGCCAGCCGGUUCCACGCGAACUUGGCCACCGCGACGCUGUCCAGUCGGGCGCUCAUCUCCGUCAAUAAUUUCAAGUCGAGUGCCCAGGGGCCGAAUGGCACAGAGGAGGGGAGCGCGUUGGCGGGGGUGAAGGAGUUGGCGUCGAGGGCGUGGACGAGAUUGGGACAUCGGGGGGAGAAUCAGGCGGUGGUAUUCUUAGGAGAAUCCGGCUCCGGCAAAACCACCCUUCGAUCCCACCUCAUCUCAUCCCUCCUCUCAUACACCUCCACCCCCUUAUCCGGGAAACUCUCCUACGCCGCCUACGUCUUCGACACCCUCACCACCACCAAGGCCGCCACCACCCCCACUGCCUCGAAAUCCGGCCUCUUCUACGAAUUCCAAUACGACACCUCCACCACCCUCCACCCGGUCCUCAUCGGCGGCAAGCUCCUCGACCACCGCCUCGAACGCUCCCGCGUCACCAAAGUCCCCACCGGCGAGCGCAACUUCCACAUCCUCUACUACCUCCUUGCGGGCACCACCCCCUCCGAAAAACAGCACCUCGGCCUCGACAAUCCAGGCAUCGUGGCCAAUGAGCCCGGGAGUCGUGCGUCCGCCGGCGGCAAGUUCUGGCGCUAUCUCGGCCAUCGUUCGCAGCUGCAGGUCGGGAUCAACGACGCCGAGGGGUUCCAGGCGUUUAAGUCCGCCCUCCGCAAACUGGAGUUCCCGCGUAGCGAGAUCGCGGAGAUCUGCCAGAUCUUGGCGGCGAUUCUGCAUAUCGGGCAGCUGGAUUUCAUGAUGACGCAGUCGACCACGCCGACGGGCGACGAUAGCGGCGGAUUCUCCCAUGAAGGUGGAGAAGAUGUCACGGUGGUGCGGAAUAAGGACUGUUUGAACAUCGUCGCAGCGUUUUUGGGGCUCCAGGCGGAGGAUCUGGAGCAGAGUUUGGGGUAUAAAACGCGGACGGUGCAUCGGGAGCGCGUGACGGUGAUGCUGGAUCCGAAAGGCGCACGGGACAACGCGGAUGAGUUGGCGCGGACGCUGUAUGGGCUGCUCGUGGCGUAUGUCAUCGAGUCGAUCAAUCAGCGCAUCUGUGCGGUGGAAGACACGGUUGCGAACACAAUUUCCAUCGUCGACUUCCCCGGCUUUAUGCAUCAGUCGGCUGGGGGCGAUACGCUCGACCAGCUGCUCACCAACGCGGCGGGAGAGUCACUGUACAAUUUCACCCUGCAGAGCUUCUUCGACCGACCGGAAGACCUCCUGCAGACGGAAGACGUGACGGUGCCGGCGACGAGCUACUUCGACAACAGCGACGCGGUCAAGAUGCUCCUGAAGCCCGGCAACGGCCUCCUCAGUAUCCUCGACGACCAAACCCGCCGCGGCAAGACCGACGCCCAGUUCAUCGACACCAUCCGCAAGCGGUUCACCGGCAAGUCGCCCAGCAUCGACGUCAGCGCCGCGACCGCCGUCCUCCCCGGCAGCAACUUCGCCUCCGCCAACGCCGCCGCCUCCUUCACCAUCCGCCACUUCGCCGGCGCCGUCGAAUACCCAGCCGACGGCCUCCUCGAUGCCAACGCCGAGGUCAUCGCCGGCGACAUGCUCAACCUCAUCAACUCCACCCGCAGCUCCUUCGUGCGCGACCUGUUCGGCCAGCCCGCCCUCAACACCAUCCACCACCCCCAGGAGAAGACCGCCAUCGUACAGGCCUCCCUUGCCAGCAAACCCGCCCGCAAACCCAGCAUGGCCCGCCGCAAACUGGGCGCCACUACCCGCGGCCGCCGCGCCGGUCGGCGCACCAGCGAAGAAGAAGACGAUGACGACCCCCGCGCCGAACGUAGCGUCUCACGUAGCCGCAACCCGACCACCAACGCCGCGGGCAUGCAGCAGGGUGCGGCCGCCCAAUACCUCAGCUCUCUCACCACCAUCACCAAGUCCCUCUCCCUCCCCAACACCAACCCGUACUUCAUCUUCUGCCUCAAGCCCAACGACCGCCGCAUCGCCAACCAGUUCGACAGCAAGUGCGUCCGCCACCAGCUGCAGACCUUCGGCAUCGCCGAGAUCUCGACGCGGCUCCGCAGCGCGGAUUUCUCCGUCUUCCUUCCCUUCGGCGAGGUGCUCAGCCUCGCCGAGGCGAAGGGCACGAAUGGCGGUAUGGGCCUCGGAUCAAGCAUCGUUGGCAGCGAGCGCGAGCGCUGCGAGAUCGUCAUCGAUGAGCGGCGCUGGCCCGAGCAGGAAGCCCGCGUGGGGAGCACCGGGGUGUUUUUCUCCGAGCGCUGCUGGGCGAUGCUCGCGGGCAUCGCGGCGGACUCGCUCGUCGGGUCGCGAGGCGCACUUGGCUACCCAGAGGGCGGGGACACUGACGAGAAUAACCUGCUGUCGCCCACCGGAGGGCGGUUUGAUCCGCAGACGCGGCUGAUGGGCUCGAACGGGUCGUCGCCGGCGGCGUUCUACCACGACGACAAAGCGGCGGGGUACUUCGGGCGGGAAGUCCCCGCGGACGGAAAGUCGGAGGCGGGGAUCAGCGUGAUGACCGGAGGUGACAUGUUCCGCAACCUAGCGACGCGGGAGCAGAUGGCGGAGAAGGCCGGGGAGAAGAAGAUGGAGACGGUGGACGAGGCGGUGGUGACGGGGAGUCGGAAGCGGUGGCUGGUGGUGGUGUAUGCGUUGACGUGGUGGGUGCCGGAUUUUUUGGUCCGGUUUGUGGGAAGGAUGGGAAGGAAGGAUGUGCGAGUGGCGUGGAGGGAGAAGUUGGCGAUUAAUAUGUUGAUUUGGUUAAGUUGUGCGGCGGUGAUCUUUUUUAUGAUCGGGUUCCCCGAACUCAUCUGCCCUACCCAACACGUUUUCUCCGCUUCCGAACUUGCCACCCACGACGGCAAAGAUGGUCACUCCGCCUUUGUCGCCAUCCGCGGCGUCGUGUACGACCUCGACGCCUUCGCUCCCGUCCACUACCCCAAUAUCGUACCGCAGUCUGCCCUGAAGAAAUACGCCGGUGUCGACGCCACGAAUCUCUUCCCGGUGCAAGUCUCCGCACUCUGCGAAGGCAAAGACGGCACCAUUGACCCGGCUGUGAAUCUGAACUACCAGAACUCCAAUUACUCCGGGUCGCCCGCCUUGGUGUCGCUGACCGACAACAACGCCAAAUACCACGAUUUCCGCUCUUGGACCAACGACUCGCGCCGCGACUGGUGGUACGAGAAGCAGAUGUACCUCAAAGCGAAUUAUCAGAAGGGCCGUGUCGGGUACUCCCCGCAAUACCUCAAAACGCUCGCCAGCAAGGGCAACUCCAUCGCCAUCCUCAACGAGCGCGUCUACGACUUUACCUCCUACGUCCCAGGCGGACGCAUCGCGCAGUACCCACCAGGCAUGGAGCAACCAGAAACCAAACCCGACGUCAACUUCAUGGACUCCCGCGUCGUCGACCUCUUCCAGCAGCGCGCCGGGCUAGACGUCACCAAGUACUGGGACGCCCUGCAAAUGACGACGGCCGAAAAAUCUCGCAUGUCUGCCUGUCUGACCAACCUGUUCUACGUGGGCGACGUGGACACGCGGAACAGCACGCAGUGCCAGUUCGCCAAGUACCUCCUCCUCGCCAUCUCGUUGGUGCUGGUCAGCGUGAUCGGGUUCAAGUUCCUCGCGGCGCUCCAGUUCGGCAAGAAAAACAUCCCGGAGAACCUCGACAAGUUCGUCAUCUGCACCGUGCCGGCGUAUACCGAAGACGAGGACUCCCUGCGUCGCGCUAUCGACUCCGCCGCGCGCAUGCGGUACGACGACAAGCGCAAACUGCUGGUGCUGAUCUGUGACGGAAUGAUUAUUGGGCAGGGGAACGAUCGCAGCACGCCGCGCAUAGUGCUGGAUAUUUUGGGGGUGCCGGAGACGACGGAUCCGGAGCCGUUGAGCUUUGAGAGUCUGGGCGAGGGGAUGAAGCAGCAUAAUAUGGGGAAGGUGUAUAGUGGGCUGUAUGAGACACAGGGGCAUAUCGUGCCGUUUAUGGUGAUUGUGAAGGUGGGGAAGCCGAGUGAAGUUACGAAACCUGGAAAUCGUGGUAAGCGAGACUCGCAAAUGGUUCUCAUGCGCUUCCUCAACCGCGUCCACUACAAUCUCCCAAUGGCGCCACUAGAGCUGGAAAUGCACCAUCAAAUCCGCAACAUCAUCGGCGUCAACCCGACGUUCUACGAAUUCCUCUUCCAAAUCGACGCCGACACGGUCGUUGCUCCUGACUCCGCCACACGGAUGAUCUCCUCGUUCCUACACGACACGCGGGUCAUCGGCGUGUGCGGCGAGACGGCGCUCUCGAACGCGAAAUCCUCCUUCGUCACCAUGAUCCAGGUGUACGAAUACUAUAUCUCGCACAAUCUGACCAAAGCGUUCGAGUCACUGUUCGGCUCCGUGACGUGUCUGCCUGGGUGUUUCUCCAUGUACCGCAUCCGCACCGCGGAAACGGGCAAGCCGCUGUUCGUGAGCAAGGAGAUCAUCGAGGACUAUAGCAACAUCCGUGUGGACACACUGCAUAUGAAGAACCUGCUGCACUUGGGCGAGGACCGAUAUCUAACCACGUUGCUGCUGAAACAUCAUUCAAAGUACAAGACGAAGUACAUCUUCCGCGCGCACGCCUGGACCAUCGCGCCAGACAGCUGGACGGUGUUCAUGUCGCAGCGACGACGAUGGAUUAACAGUACGGUGCACAACCUGAUGGAACUCAUCCCAUUGCAGCAGCUUUGUGGAUUCUGCUGUUUCUCUAUGCGCUUUGUCGUCUUCAUCGACUUGCUCUCUACCAUUGUCCAACCCGUCAUCGUCGGCUACCUCAUUUAUCUCAUCAUCCUUAUUACUCGAAAUAGCUCUGUCAUCCCCAUCUGGGCCUUCGUCCUCCUCGGCGCAAUCUACGGCCUCCAAGCCAUCAUCUUCAUCCUGCGCCGCAAAUGGGAGAUGAUCGGCUGGAUGAUCAUCUACCUACUCGCGACCCCCAUCUUCGCCUGCGGCCUCCCUCUAUACGCAUUCUGGCAUAUGGACGACUUCACCUGGGGCAAUACGCGAAUCGUCACCGGCGAAAAAGGCAAGAAACUCGUCGUCUCCGACGAAGGGAAAUUCGACCCUGCCUCCAUCCCCCGCAAGAAGUGGGAGGACUAUCAGACCGAGCUCUGGGAGGCCCAGACCCAGCGCGAUGACCGCAGCGAGGUCUCCGGCUUCAGCUACGCCACCAAGAGCUUCAUGGGUGGCCAGGGCCCCUUCGCCACCCCCGUCACCACCGCCGGGAGCGAAUACGGCGGCGCGCCCUACGGGUACCCGGCGCCGCCGUCGCGGCCGAUCUCCACGCUCGACAUGCCACGGUAUGCGGCGGGGUCGCGGCUAUCGCUAGUGCCGUCGGGGUACGGCGAUAUGGCGGGUGGGAGCAACAACCUGGGGAUGGAGAUGGGCGACAUGGCGGCGCUGCCGUCGGACGAUGCGCUGCUGGCAGAGAUUCGGGAGAUUUUGAAGACGGCGGAUCUGAUGAGCGUAACGAAGAAGAGCAUUAAGUUGGAGUUGGAGAGGCGGUUUGGGGUAGGGUUGGAUGGGAAGAGGCAGUAUAUUGGGAGUGCGACGGAGGCUGUGUUGAGUGGGCAGUUGUAG